AUGUCUAGUUAUCUAUGUGAAGAGUUGAUUGUUGAAAUCUUCACAAGAUUACCAUCAAAAUCUCUCCUCCGAUUUAGAUCACUCUCCAAGUUGUUAUAUUGUAUUAUUUGUAGCCCAGAUUUAAUUUGCGUUCACACUUUUCGAUCGCCACAAAAACUCCUCAUCAGACAUAGAAAUCAUUACAAAAAAGAAUACACCGAAAACUUUUAUACAUUACAUUCAGAAGACCAAUUGGCAUGGUGUACCAGUGGUGGAUACCUUGAAAUCCACAUUAGUUUAUGGAAUCCUUCAAUUAGGCGGAAACUAAACCUGCCUGAUUGUCCUCUGAGACGCUUUCAUACUGGGUUUGGUUUUGAUCCAAUCACUGAUGAUUAA